AUGUGGAUGGAUUCGUACCUAUGUCCCAGUGCACACGAAGAUCUUUACGUCAAUACCGAUUUCAGGGUGGAUAUCAGUCAUCCCACAUCGCGAUUCAAUUGGAAUAAUUUUUUAGAUACAGCAUUGCCUGUGUUCAACGUCAACUUCUACCAAUCUGUGAUGAUGAUCGCUGGAGCAAUUGCUUGUUUCCACUACCCUUACGCCAUUGCCAUUGCUGGUAAGUUCUAUCAAAUAACACUGUACAUGAGUUGUGACGAUAGACCUUCCCAUAACUUGUGAAUUUGGUGGUGUCUACAUAAGACUCCCAUUUCAUUUUGCCAAUUAUUCUUCUUUUUGUAGAUGCAUGCCCGGCUCCAAUGGCUAUAGGCGCCCCUAGUUCUGGGAAGUCCACGACAAUCGACGUGAUAGCCACGAUGCUGGGAUGUAAUGUAGAGUCACAAGCUACAUGCGAAGUGAUUCAAAGUCUGCUCAACAAAACAACAGUGCCAUUAUGCUGGGAUCACCCCACGUACCCGUCAAGUGUAAAAAAACUACUGACUGGGACAUUUGACUCGAAGGGUAAACGCACGAAAGGGAGAGGAAAGGAAAUUCCAUCCACAAAUGUUGUGUUGGCGGUCAACUUUGAGUUGCAUGAUGAUGUCAGGUACCUACAUACACUUUUAAUAACGAUGUUAGGGUUUGUAAUCCAAGUGAGAAUAUAUACAUUUUAAGACCUAACCAGGAACGACUGCGAAAAAUGCAGCACAAGGUUCUCUUAUAGGAAUUGAACCUACGGCCCAUCCUAAUAUUAAUUCCACCAAGUGAAGUGCAAGAAUCUAAGUCAUUCAAGUCCACUUUUAAUAACGCCGUGCACGGCCACUGUAACUCAAGCACAAAUUUAGUGAUUUGAAUUGGUGUUUAGCAUGAAUUUGAAAAUAGACCAACGCAGGCAGUGAUAGGUAUAUUAGAAGUAGAAGGACGUUCGUCUCUGAGCACAGUCAGCAAUGUAAUAAUGAGUUAGGUAGAUGAAGAUUUAAUUUUUUGGGUUUUUUUUUCAGAUCUUUCGAGAGAAUUGUACCAAUCGUGUACAAUGCACCUCCCGCUCCCAAGGAUCCUGCGGAUUACAGGAAAGCGACCGAUCGCUUAGAAGAAGAGGCGAAUACGGGAUGUAUUCCCUGGAUAAUAAAGUUGGGAGAAAAACUCGCCAACAAUAACAACUUGGUGGAUCAACAGACAGCCUAUUUCAGGCAAAAAGAUCCUAGUCUUCCUCCCCGCAUACACAAGUUAUAUGGACUCUACAAGGCUAUGUUCAUGAGGUGAAUAACGUUUCGGACAAUACAAAUCAAGCACUUCCAUUAGAAUACUGAGAAAAGGAUUGCAUAAAAUUACAAUCAGUUACAUUGCAAUAAUAUAUUUUCAUAAAUCAAAUCAUCAUAAAUCAAAUCAUAAAUAAAUUAAACUAUAAACAAACAAACAAUAGGGCCAUUUAUACGGGACAAAAUAAGUCGUGACUUACAUAAGACGCGUCUUAUAUAAGCGGAGUUAUCGCAUAAAUGGUUCCCUACGGCUUUAUUCUUAUUUACUUGCUAUAGUUAUACUGUUGUUUCAGUUGUUUUUGUUUUAAUAUGCAAAGCUAAUAAAGUUAAAGCUAAAUAAGUUAGAUUUUUGUCCAAAAUUCUUACUUAAGACGCGACUUAAAUAAGAACAGCUAAAAGUCCUGUUCUUAUAUAAGACGCGUCUUAUACAUUCAUUUUGUUCCGUAUAAAUGGCCCUAAUAUCAUUUUCAACAGGAAUGCCAAUUUCGUUUUUGUGUCAUUUUAGAUUAUUGACGACUACAACAUUGGGGACUUAGGAACUGCAGCACCUUCGAUAUCUUUAAAAUGUUUUGAAGAAUACAUUGAGCAGACAUUCCUGCUCUAUGUGCGAAAAGUCAUCCCGCCAAGUUCAGCAGUAAACACCCAGGAAAAGUUGCACGAGGUCACCGAGUUCUUUGAAUGCCUGCAGGAAAUUCUGCAGAACACAACUGGUCCGGAUGAAGUAGUACAUACUAUACACUGACGAGUUUUUACGCUGAUGCCCUGUGAUUUCGUUCACUUGCCCUUGUUGCAAAUUAAGAGUGCUUAGUUUUGGAGAAGUGUAGACGAUUAUUUUUAAUGGAUACCAAACUGGACUGAUAUUAAACUCGGACGCCAUCUUUGAAACCAGUAUACUUUAUAUAGUCCAAUGCUAUAUACACACCAAGUAAUUUCCUCAUAAUUUCUUUUACAGGAUUUGCAAAAAUGCAUUCGUCCUUGUGUUCAAACUGCUACAAAGGAGGACGAAUAUGCACUUCACUUGAUCUUACCAGAGGUGUUGGAAAUCAUCAAGAAAAGAACUGAUAAACACACUUCCUUCAACUUAACCAAAUUAAGAAGAUCAAUCUCUGGCUAUAGCGAUGGGACAUCCGUUGACCACUCUGGAGUGUUUGGAGGGGCACAACGCCGCUGUAUCAAAAUCCCCAGAAGUAUCGUGGACAAGGAUUUGCUUGAUCUGAUUGACAAAGGUAUCAAAAUAGAAAAAGUUCAUAAAAUGUUCCCAGGAAAUUUACAUGGAACAUUCAAUUAUAUCAUGAUAACCUUGAUUUACUUGACUGAACUGGUGGUUCAUUUAGUAUUUGAUAACUAGAGCGAAUGUUUCUUGCAAUUUGCAAAUAGUUUUAAAUUAGAAUAUUGUCAUAUAUUAACCUGGACUAAUGCAGUAUAAUGAGGUAAAAUAAAGAACACAACGAAAGAUCAAUGUGCAAUUUUAAAAUCAUUACGUAUUUUAAGAUUUUGUAUUCUUCAUACGUAGCUUGUGGUAGAGAUGACGAUGGAAAUACUCAGAAUGACAUCGAACAUGGAAAUGAAGGUGACAACGGAAAAAAUAUCAACGAGAAUUACAACCAACAAAUUAAUGACAUGAAGAAAACGUUGGACGCUUCAGAAGAACACAACGUUUCGUUGAUAAGUGACAAAAAGAAGCUUGAAAGGGAUCUGUCGAGAGAGAAAAUCAAGUUCACGCAAGCUGAAGAGAAGAUCGGGAAUCUGGAAAGAGAAUUGGCAGAGAAAAAAAGGCGUUGGGAAGCCGAAGAAAAAGAGCUCUACGAGACAAUCACCAAACUGCGUGCUGCAAUAAAGCAGAAACCAGACACAUCUUGCCAAAGUAUUGCAGCAACCUCAUUUGCUAAUGUUGUUUCAAGCGAAGGUGAUUACUCGAUACAACUCAUUACCAUUUUGCACUUUCAAAUAAAAUAUUAUUUAAAUUCUCGCAGCAUGUUUCGCAUAUACAGCCAUGCUUUAUUAUUCAGUCAAGACACAGCACAUUUGCUGAUUGUGCUGUUUUACUGAUGGGUUUUCCAUAGAAUGUCAAAAAGAAUUAUGAAUCGGAGACAACUAAUUUAAUUUGGUUAUAUGACAUGUAGUAAUUACUUGACUAAUCUCCCUUUGUGUAGAUACACACCAGUUAGUAUCAUUCAUGGAUGAAAAACGUUCGCUUGAUGGUAAGUGUGAAAUAGGAGGGUAUUGUUUUUAAAUGAUUGCUGAAUUUCCUAUUACUGUCCUAUACGCCAUUACCCUGGUUCCAGAGGUUAAAACAAAGAGGUUAAAAUAAACCUCUGGUUGAAAGCGGCAAUUGAUUCAUCAAGCCGCGCCAAUCAGUUUGAAUUAGGGUCAGAUCCGGACUCUGUCUCCUGAUUGGAUGAUUGUAUUAAAGCUCUCUGAUUGGUUAUAAAUGUUUUAUUUGAAUCAAUCAGAGAGCUUUGAUACAAUCAUCCAAUCAGGAUACAGAGUCAGGAUCUGACCCUAAUUCAAACUGAUUGGCGCGGCUCGAUGAAUCAAUUGCCAGAGGUUUAUUUUUCCUCUCCCCUUCUCAAUGAAAAUAAUAAAAAUAAACUUCUGGAACCAGGGUAACACGUCAUACGAUAUAAUAAUUCAACAAAGCUGUAACACCAAUUUUAAGUGGUAUAUUAAUUUUAAAGAAAGAUAUUUUUCGCUAUACAGGGUGUAUUAAAAAAAAAAACUGAACAGAAAUGAAAUUGCUCUCAAUUUCGCAAAACACCUAUUAGUAUCCAGUUUUUGAAGUAUAUAGGUUCUUUGGGUACUUGUAAUGUAGAAUGAAAAAAAUUUCUCGAACUCAAAUUUUGUGAACCAGGGGGGGAAGUCUUUUCCAACAGACUGAAAAUGGCUUGCGUGCGAAAUUUAAGGCUUUAAUCAUAUUUUGAGUUAAUAGAUGGAAAAUUUGUUGGGUUUUUAAUUGCUGUACAAAAUUUCAGACAAUUUGCUUUAGUUUAAGCCCUUUAGCUAUUCAUUUUUUUCCUUAAAAAUCAGCCUUUCGCAUACUUAAUGCCUUAACCUAUUUUGCAUAUUGCUGACUUAUGCAAAUUGGGCAAAGGCAUUAAGCAUGCAAGUAGCUGAUUUUUCAGAAAAAAAUGCAAGUUUGCAUGAAUAGUUUUAAAAAGGGCUUAAACUUAACUAAAGAGAUUUGUCUGAAAUUUUGUACAACAAUUAAAAACCCAACAAAUGUUUCAGCUAUUAACUCAAAAUAUAUUUAAAGCUUUUAAAUUCCGUGCGCAAGCCAUUUUCAGUUUGUUGGAAAAUACACCCCCGUUCACAAAAUUUGAGUUAGAGAAUUUUGUUUCAUUAUUCUACAUUAUAAGUACCCAAAGAAACUAUAUACGUCAAAAAUUGGAUACUAAUAGCUGUUUUGCGAAAUUGAGAGCAAAUUCAUAUCUGCUCAGUUUUUUUAUACACCUUGUAGUUAGAUUAUCUGUAAUGUUAUGCUAAUCUUCAGGAUGUUGAAACGUUGAUUCAAUAAAUAAAAUGUUAUUCGAUAACGUCCUUUUGUAUUUUAUCUCAAUGCUGAGUGGUUUCCGUAAUUAUUCUUUUUAUAGACAGUGGAAUUUCUUUGGAAGCAAAUGAAGAAGUUGCCACAACGCCAGCGAUUUCUUUUGCUGCACAGAGAAGUACUGCAAAUUUCAUUAAUGUACAAUACAUUACGCACAAUAAACCUGUCCGGUAAUUACAUGUUUUCAACUUAGGACAACCAUAAAUGAAAUGGAUUUCAAGUUUUUUUCUCACUGGCUAUGCGCAAAGAAGCAGAACAUCCUUCAUCAACACAUGCAUGAAAAAGAUUGUUUUAUUUUGAGCAAUAAAUGUGAGACUAAGCUUUAACACGAAAACGAGGCCUCGUUUUCAUAUUAAAGCUUAUUCCCGAAUUUAUUGGUCAAAAUAGUAAUUGUUUAUCACGCAUGUGUUAAAGGAUGUUCUGCUUCUUUGCGCAUAGCCAGUGAGAAAAAAACUUGAAAUCCAUUCCAAUUAAGUGUGACUUAAGGUGAAAACAAUGUAGUUGUGACGUAAUUACCGGAAAGGAUUAUUAAUGAUGGGUAAAUUAAUGUACAUGGUCUGCUAAACCCCAUUGUUAAAGGCUUACUAUCGUUCUUGAAAUUUAAAAAUACUUCUUGUUUACUAUGCACAUUUGUCCAAUACGUGUCAAGAAUAAAUGCGAUUGAGGUAAACCUUAAAUAAUGUAAGACUAUAUGUUUAAGUAAAAAUUCUGCAGUUUAUUCUAUUUACAUGCCUAAAAUAACUAUUUACAAUUGGAUCAAUUAAAUAAAACUGCAAUAAAAAAAACAUUGUCUACGAUGUACCAACAGAAGAGCGAUGAAUUUGAGAUAUGUAAAUACGAACAGCCUUCUUGCUAAUUUCGUCACAUGUCUAAUUGUUAAAUAGGAGACUGCAAUUGAUAUAAAUUAAUGUACUAGUGUACAUCUUAUAAAUUUUGUGUGCUCUUUCCUUAGAGAAACGGAGAUUAAAUGAGCUUCAAAAGUUAAAGGAUGGUUUGAACAAAGAUCUAAUGGCAGUUGAAGGUAAAUCCAUUUGA